CCCACUUUCCGUCGUCCCGCCUGUCUCGCCGCGUGGGGCGCUGGGAGAUGUAGUUCUCAUGUUUGGCAGCGCCAGCGGCAGCUGCGGCUCGCAUCCGGUCGCGGAACUACAAAGGGUGGCGGUCAAGAUGCGAGGUUCUUCCGCCUCGUUUUUUCCUUCCCGUCUGCACGCCCGCCCCAGUUGUCAUGGCGGCUCCCUUGGCCCUGGUGCUGCUGGUGGCCGUGACUGUGCGGGCGGCCUUAUUCCGCUCCAGUCUGGCCGAGCUCAUUUCUGAGCGAGUGGAAGUGGUGUCCCCACUGAGCUCUUGGAAGAGAGUGGUCGAAGGCCUUUCACUAUUGGACUUGGGGGUAUCUCCGUAUUCUGGAGCAGUAUUUCAUGAAACUCCAUUAAUAAUAUACCUCUUCCAUUUUCUAAUUGACUAUGCUGAAUUAGUAUUUAUGAUAACUGACGCACUCACUGCUGUUGCCCUGUAUUUUGCAAUCCAGGACUUCAAUAAAGUUGUGUUUAAAAAGCAGAAGCUUCUCCUAGAACUGGAUCAGUAUGCCCCAGAUGUGGCUGAGCUCAUCCGAACCCCUAUGGAAAUGCGUUACAUCCCUCUGAAAGUGGCCCUCUUCUAUCUCUUAAACCCCUACACGAUCUUGUCGUGUGUUGCCAAGUCUACCUGCGCCAUCAACAACAGCCUUAUUGCUUUCUUCAUUUUGGCCACGAUGAAAGGGAGCGCUUUCCUCAGUGCUAUUUUUCUUGCCUUAGCAACAUACCAGUCUCUGUAUCCAGUCACCUUGUUUGUCCCAGGACUCCUCUAUCUCCUCCAGCGGCAGUACAUACCAGUGAAAAUGAAGAGCAGAGCCUUCUGGAUCUUCUCUUGGGAAUAUGCCAUGAUGUAUGUGGGGAGCCUCGUGGUAAUCGUUUGCCUCUCCUUCUUUCUUCUCAGCUCCUGGGAUUUCAUUCCUGCAGUCUAUGGCUUCAUACUUUCUGUUCCAGAUCUCACCCCAAACAUUGGUCUUUUCUGGUACUUCUUUGCGGAGAUGUUUGAGCACUUCAGCCUCUUCUUUGUCUGCGUGUUUCAGAUCAACGUCUUCUUCUACACUAUCCCCUUGGCCAUCAAGCUAAAGGAGCACCCCAUCUUCUUCAUGUUCAUCCAGAUUGCCAUUAUCUCCAUCUUCAAGUCCUAUCCAACAGUAGGGGACGUGGCCCUUUACAUGGCCUUCUUUCCUGUGUGGAAUCAUCUCUACAGAUUCCUGCGGAACAUCUUCGUCCUUGCCUGCAUCAUUAUCGUCUGCUCCCUGCUCUUCCCUGUCCUGUGGCAUCUCUGGAUUUAUGCAGGAAGUGCCAACUCCAACUUCUUUUAUGCCAUCACUCUGACCUUCAAUGUCGGGCAGAUCCUGCUCAUCUCUGACUACUUCUACGCCUUCCUGCGACGGGAGUACUACCUCACACACGGUCUCUACUUGACUGCCAAAGACGGUACAGAGGCCAUGCUUGUGCUCAAGUAGGCCUGGCUGGACACAGGGCUGCUUGGACCUCAAGUGGGCAAGGGCCAGAAGCUGGCCAGGCCCCCUAUCCAGUGUUGCCAGCAGGCAAGGCCUUGGGAAGAAGAGGUUGGAGCCUACAGUCACAAAUCUCUGGCACCAGUAGGGACCCAUGGCUGACAGCAAGGGAACAGGUGUGGGGAACAGGUGGGAACAUAUCACCUGGCGCCUCCUUUGUGGCUCUGUGCACCAAGGAACUCUCUCCCAGGCAGGAAAGGGGGUAAGCAGCAGAUCAGCCGGACUUAACAAGUUGUUGUUACUAAAUAAAUGUUUUUGUUAUGAAACAGCUA